ACCUCUAGUUUCCUAACAUGAUUCAGGCUUAUACUCAAUGCUGACGUCUAGAGGUAUCCUCCCUCUGUCUGCCCUUGGUGCUUGCACAGCUGGAAUUUAACAAUUCCAACGUAACUCUUGAGCAGGAGGGAUUCCAUUGAAUUUCGGGCUUCAUUUCCAAUCAUUCAGAGGGGAAAACACUGCAAUAAACUGCUACAAUGAGAAGUGCUUUAUUUCAAAGCCUUCUCUUGAUUACAGCUGGAAUGUCCUUAACUUGCAGCCCCAUCUCUAAUCCGAUGGCUGCUAGCACUACACAACUUGCAGUGGAUCUCUACCAAGUUCUCCAUUGUUCUCCUAAAGAGGAGAACAUCAUACACUCGCCGCUUGGUGUCGCUUUACUUCUUGGAACAGUGCAGUUGGGGGCAAAGGGAAAAGCACUUAAUGAGAUAACACAAGCUUUGAAACUGCAAGGAAAUAAAGAUGGUGAAGAAUUCUCUCUGCUCCAGACACUUUUCUCUGUCACCUCAGAAAAGAAAGAAUUUACAUUUAAUCUUGCCAAUGCCCUCUACCUUCAAGAAGGAUUCAUUGUAAAAGAACAGUAUCUCCAUAGCAACAAGGAAUUUUUUCAGACUGCUAUAAAACUGGUGAAUUUCCAAGACACAAAAGCUUGCACAGAGGCCAUAAGUACCUGGGUAGAAAACAAAACAGAUGGCAAAAUAAAAAAUAUCGUUUCAAGUGAAGAAUUUGGUCCCCUCACUAGGCUUAUUCUGGUGAACGCUAUUUACUUCAAAGGAGACUGGAAGCAGAAGUUCAGACCAGAAGCUACCCAUGAGAUGGAUUUUACUAAGAGAGAUGGUUCUGUAACAAAGAUACCAAUGAUGCAUCUUCAGCUGAGAACAAAGUUUGGUCAUUUUUCUGACAAUAAUGUGAGCUACCAGGUGUUGGAAUUACCUUACAAAGGGAAGGAGUUCAGCUUAGUUUUAACACUUCCUUCAGAAGAUGUAACUAUAGAAGAAGUAGAAAAAUUAAUUACAGCUCAGCUGAUAAAAGACUGGUUUGCUGAAACACAAGAGGAAGACGUAGAAAUAAGCCUCCCUAGGUUUAAAAUAGAACAGACAGUGAACUUACAAGAAACGCUGUGCUCCCUCAAUGUAACAGAGAUAUUUAGUGGCGGCUGCGACCUUUCUGGAAUAACAGAAUCAUCUGACAUACACAUUUCCAAAGCCAUCCAAAAAGUUUGUAUUGAGGUCAAUGAAGAUGGCAGUGAAGCUGCAGCAUCCUCAAGCACGCAUAUGGCAGCAAUCAUGAGUAUGUCACAUAACCAGUUUGUGGCUAACCGCCCAUUCCUAUUUAUCCUGAAACAUAAUCCAACAGGUUCAAUUGUGUUUAUGGGAAGGCUGGCAAAUCCUGACAUUCAAAACACAAGGAGAAGAGAUAUGGAGUCACUAUAAUCAUAAUAAAGACAGAAAAAUGUAAUGUUCUAAAAUUAAAGUCUGAUCGCUAUUACAGCCAAACUUGCUGUUUUUCCUUUUCAUUCUUUCAAUGUUAGAGCAUGAAGGAGUUUGAAAUUUCAGAAUAAAAAUGUUAUUUGCUUAGUA